AUGUCGUCUUCGCGCGAUUAUAUUCACCCACCUCAAGGGUCGCACGAUCCCGAUGAUUUCUCCGGUUCUGAUGAUGAUGACCUUCAGUUGGAGGAGCUCGAUCCUCACACAGCCAUACCCAGUGCCUCUACCAAUGCAGAAGAUUAUCCGAGUCGCUUGAGAGAGCAUGGUCCAGGGAUUGCUUUGCGGAACUUGCGCGUGAAUGUGGGCAAUCGUUGGAAACGGAACACUUCCGGUCAUCGUGUGGGAGCUGAUGACACCGAAGCUCUUUUGGAGAACCAAGGGGACGAUGGGGCACGAAGAUCACAUGGCAGUUCAGGAAAUUUGGCAGACGAUGAUGCGCCGUUGCUGAACCCACGAGACUCGUUUCAAGCCUCCCGACCGGAUCAUUCAACGAAAAAGAGUAGCCGAUUCCGCAUUCCAAGCCUCGGCGCUAGAAGUCUUCUACAGCGAGCAACCCUCACGUCGCGCCACAGUCGAGAUGAUGGAGAAGACGGGCCACCGCGUGAUAUUUUUGUUGGCCAAUAUCAGUCUGCCAAGUAUCCGGCCAACGUUGUUUCCAAUGCCAAAUAUACCCCUUGGAGCUUCCUACCGCGCACGCUGUACAACGAAUUUUCGUUCUUUUUCAACAUAUACUUCUUGCUGGUGGCUCUCUCGCAAGUAAUACCAAUUCUUCGAAUCGGAUAUAUGUCGUCGUACAUCGCCCCACUGGCAUUCGUCGUAUCGAUAUCGCUGGGAAAGGAAGCUCUUGACGAUCUUGGUCGACGACGGCGGGACGCUGAAGCAAACUCCGAGGGAUUCACGGUCAUCUCUGUGAAUGGCUCAAGUGUUGUCGAAUUAACCAAGAAGUCUCGAGAUCUGAGGGUCGGAGACGUGCUCAAGGUUUGCAAAAACCAGCGACUGCCCGCAGAUGUUGUCAUCUUGAAAAGCGUCUCCAACGACACCGGCUCAGAACCUUCGUUGAAGAGGUCACCCAGUGGCGUUCCCAUGAGCACAACUGACGACAUUUUCGAAUCAUCGGAUACCGCGCAUGGUGCCGGGGCCGCGGGAAUCGCCGAUAACGCCGACAUAAACAACGACACUACCGAUACGUUCAUACGAACCGAUCAACUGGAUGGCGAAACAGAUUGGAAACUUCGGUUACCGUCUGCUCUGUCUCAGUCAUUGCCUUUAAAAGAGCUGUCACGACUUAAAAUCACAGCAAGCUUCCCUAGCAAGCGUGUGAACGAUUUUGUAGGCACUAUUCAGUUAGGCCCACCGUCAGGAUUUUACGACACCCAUGUCGACAAAUCCAGUAGAUCCAGCGAUGACCACGACUACUCGAGCAGUCCGUCCCAGCAGUCCAGCUCGGCGCCCCUUAAUAUUGACAACACGGCAUGGGCUAAUACUGUCCUUGCAUCAAACACUGUCACAUAUGCAACCAUCAUCUACACUGGCUCCCAGACAAGAGCUGCUCUGUCUACAUCGGCCUCUCGGUCUAAGGUGGGUCUGCUAGAAUACGAGAUAAACAACCUGACCAAGAUCUUGUGCGUCUUGACCUUUGCUCUGUCACUCGUCCUUGUUGCUUUGGAAGGCUUCGAGCCCACGAACGACAAAAAAUGGUAUGUCGCAAUUAUGAUUUACCUGAUUCUUUUUUCGACAAUUAUUCCUAUGAGUCUACGUGUCAACUUGGACAUGGCAAAGUCUGUCUAUGGGCGAUUCAUUCAACGCGACAAGGAUAUACCGGGUACCUUGGUGCGAACAAGCACUAUCCCUGAAGAUCUAGGCAGGAUAGAGUACCUGCUUUCAGACAAGACCGGUACCCUUACUCAAAAUGAAAUGGAGCUGAAGAAAAUUCACGUCGGAACUGUGUCUUAUGCGAACGAUGCCAUGGAUGAGGUUGCGACAUUUGUCCGGCAAAGUUUCGCUGGGGACAAGUUGACGACCCCAUCCACCUCAUUCGGAACGCAGGGUGGCCAAGUCAAUGCCCCACGUACCAGAAGAGAAAUAGGAUCCCGAGUGAAAGAUCUGGUCUUUGCCCUUGCUCUUUGCCAUAACGUCACGCCGACUGGUGAGGAUGAGGAAAAUGGACGAAAAGUGACAAACUACCAAGCCUCUUCACCUGAUGAAAUCGCCAUUGUCCGGUAUACCGAAGAGGUUGGAUUACGAUUGUCGCACCGCGAUCGUCAAAACAUUGCACUUGAGUCAACUGAUUCAAGAAAGGUUGUUGUUCGUGCUCGUAUUCUCGACAUCUUCCCGUUCACUUCCGAGAGCAAAAGAAUGGGCGUGAUUGUUCAAUUCGAGCAGAAUGAACAUAUUCUCGAAACAAGUGGAGAAGCAGAGCCCGAAAUCUGGUUCUACCAAAAAGGCGCGGACACAGUCAUGACUUCCAUUGUAGCGGCAAAUGACUGGCUUGACGAGGAGACUGCAAAUAUGGCCCGAGAAGGUCUUCGCACUCUAGUUGUUGGUCGUAAGCGCCUGUCUAUCCAGAUGUAUGAGGAGUUCUCAACGAAACUCAAACAAGCCUCACUUUUGCUUCAAGCGCGAGACGUCGGUAUGGCUAAGGUUCUGAGCGAAUACCUGGAACGAGAUCUGGAAUUACUGGGUGUGACCGGCGUCGAAGACAGAUUGCAGCGUGAUGUCAAACCUUCAUUGGAGCUGAUGCGCAACGCCGGCAUCAAAAUCUGGAUGCUUACAGGAGACAAAGUGGAAACCGCGCGUUGCGUUGCGAUCUCAGCCAAGCUAGUCUCCCGUGGCCAAUAUAUUCACACGGUGUCGAAGGUGGCCGACAAACCAACCGCUCAGGAAGCCCUGGACUUCUUACGCAACAAAACCGAUUGUUGUCUCCUUAUCGAUGGAGAGUCGCUCAAUCUAAUGCUUGGAGAAUUUCGUUCUGCAUUCAUUGCCGUCGCAGUGCUGCUACCAGCGGUCAUUGCGUGUCGUUGCUCGCCAACUCAAAAAGCCGAAGUCGCUAACUUGAUCCGCCAACACACCAAAAAGCGUGUAUGCUGUAUCGGAGAUGGUGGCAAUGAUGUCUCGAUGAUCCAAGCAGCAGAUGUUGGAAUUGGAAUAGUGGGAAAGGAGGGGCGUCAAGCCUCCCUCGCCGCAGAUUUCAGCAUCACCCAAUUCCACCAUCUGACGAAGCUCCUCGUGUGGCACGGUCGCAACUCGUACAAGCGCUCUGCUAAACUCGCGCAAUUCAUCAUGCAUCGCGGUCUAAUCAUCGCUGUAUGCCAAACGAUGUUUAGCAUCGCAGGACACUUCGAUCCUAAGGGUCUCUUUAUCAACUGGCUAAUGAUCGGCUAUGCUACGGUGUAUACAAACGCGCCCGUCUUCUCGCUCGUGUUCGAUAAAGAUGUCGACGAGCAUCUUGCGAAUUUGUACCCCGAGCUUUACAAGGAGUUGAAAGACGGCAAGAGCUUGAGCUAUCGCUCAUUCUUCACUUGGGUUCUGAUCUCCGUCUACCAGGGCGCUGUCAUUCAGGGACUGUCGCAAAUUCUGCUGCAAACUAUCACUGGCCCGCGGUUGAUCAGUGUCUCCUUCACAGCUCUUGUCCUCAACGAACUGGGAAUGGUCGCGAUCUCCAUUACAACGUGGCAUCCAAUUAUGAUCUUCUGCCUCUUUGGUACCCUUUUGAUCUACGCUGGAAGUAUACCCUUCUUAGGCGACUACUUUGACCUACGCUUCGUCAUCACUCUUGACUGGCUUUGGCGUGUGUUCGCGGUUCUCGCCGUCUCUCUAAUUCCUAUCUGGGCCGGGAAGCUCAUCAAGCACUCCUGGAAGCCACCCAGCUAUCGCAAAGUACGUGGCUAA